GACUCCUCCUUCUCCCGGAAGCGGCGCGCGACCCGGCACCAGCUAGGUGUGCGACUGGGGCGGAGGCAGGCGCGGCAGAAGCGGAGACCCAUGCGCCGGGGUAGGGCGUCAUGGACGAAGCUGGCACCUCUGGGAGCGGCGGAGGCUUCCGCCCGGGCGUGGACAGCCUGGACGAACCGCCCAACAGCCGCCUCUUCCUGGUCAUAAGCAAGUACACGCCCGAGUCGGUGCUGAGGGAGCGCUUCUCGCCUUUUGGCGAGAUCCAGGACAUCUGGGUAGUGAGGGACAAGCACACUAAGGAGGCAAAGGGCAUCGCCUUUGUCAAGUUCGCCCGCAGCUCCCAGGCCUGCAGGGCCAUGGAGGAGAUGCAUGGCCAGUGUCUCAGCCCCAACGACACCAAGCCCAUAAAGGUUUACAUUGCUCAGUCUAGAUCAUCUGGAAGUCAUCGAGAUGUUGAAGAUGAAGAACUUACGAGAAUCUUUGUUACAAUACCAAAGUCCUAUACAGAAGAAGAUCUACGGGAAAAAUUUAAGGUGUAUGGAGAUAUUGAGUAUUGCAGCAUUAUUAAGAAUAAAGUCACUGGAGAGAGUAAAGGUUUGGGCUACGUACGAUACUUAAAACCGUCACAAGCUGCUCAAGCAAUAGAAAACUGUGAUCGAAGUUUUAGAGCAAUCUUGGCUGAGCCUAAAAAUAAAGCAUCUGAAUCUUCUGAACAAGACUGUUAUAGUAAUAUGAGGCAAGAGGCUUUGGGACAUGAACCUAGAAUAAAUAUGUUUCCAUUUGAACAACACUCUGAAUUUUCAAGUUUUGACAAGAAUGAUAACAGAGGCCAGGAAGCUAUCUCCAAACGCUUGUCGGUUGUAUCGAGAGUUCCUUUCACUGACGAACAGCUUUUCAGCAUUUUUGAUAUAAUACCAGGAUUGGAAUAUUGUGAAGUUCAACGAGAUCCUUAUUCAAAUUAUGGUCAUGGAGUGGUUCAGUAUUUUAAUGUAGCAUCAGCCAUUUAUGCAAAAUACAAGUUCCAUGGAUUUCAGUACCCUCCUGGCAAUCGGAUACGCGUUUCCUUCAUUGAUGAUGGAAGUAAUGUAACAGAUCUCCUUAGAAAAAUGGCAACACAGAUGGUAGCUGCACAGCUUGCAUCAAUGGUGUGGAAUAACCCAAGUCAGCAGCAAUUUAUGCAAUUUGGAGGAAGUUCUGGAUCACAGUUGCCUCAAAUCCAGACUGAUGUUGUACUUCCAUCAUGCAAAAAAAAAGCCCCUCCUGAAACUCCCAUGAAAGAAAGACUUUUUAUCGUGUUUAAUCCUCAUCCUUUACCUUUAGAUGUAUUAGAAGAUAUAUUCUGUCGUUUUGGUAACCUGAUCGAAGUUUACCUUGUGUCAGGAAAAAAUGUGGGGUAUGCCAAGUAUGCAGACAGAAUAAGUGCUAAUGAUGCCAUUGCCACUUUACAUGGAAAGAUUCUCAAUGGGGUCAGGCUUAAAGUUAUGCUGGCAGAUUCCCCAAGAGAAGAAUCUAACAAACGGCAAAGAACUUACUGAUUCUGGAGGUUUUCUUACCAAUUGCGUGAACUAGCGGUUGUCAGAACGAGUCCUCUCAACCCUUCCUGCCGAUGGCCCUUCCUCUCAGAGCAAGUCAGGUGAUUAGUUCUUCCUCUGUAGAAGGCAGUUGGCAUUAGAAAGUGCCCACUGGGUCCAUUGUGAAUAAUCCUAAUUUUAAAAUGUUUUAUUAAAUAACAAAAACCAUUCUCACUACACCAUACAUUGUUAGCAGUUUAACCCUAGAAAUAUUAAAUUACCAGUGAAAAAAGAAUUAACAAGCAGUUUUUCCUGUUUUUGAGUAAAAUGCUAAGAACUGAAUUCUAUUUAGACAGGCUGUCUUCAUGCAAAAAAAUGUGUUUAUUCCAGUCUAUUUCUUGCUUCUUGCUUUUGUUUGCCAAACCUUUGUCCUUAAAAAGGACAAUAAGACAGACUUUCUAGUAAGAAAAAUAUAAAAAUUAAUGUUACAGCUGAGCCUUUGUUGAUUAUUUACAUAUUAAAGUGAAUAUGGGGCUUAAAACCAGCAGAUCUGCACACUUAACUAUGACUAGGCAGGUCUCUUCAGGCCUUCCUGAGGCUCAGUAUUUUCACAGGAUUAUUAACAGGCAAUGAAUGUGUAAAAUUCCUCAUAAAAAGGGGGUAAAAAGGCUUUGCCAAGGAUAAACUAAAACUAUUGCAAUUGUGGUUCAUUGAAACCUUUGAGAUGUCGUAUCAUUGAAAAUAAUUACAUCAAUGAUCAGAAACUAUAAAGACUCAAAUACCAUUUGGACUUUUCCUAACAAAUGCAAAUGGUGUAAUCUAAUCUUACCCUUACAUUAAUCCAAAAUGUAUUUUUUUUUAAAAAGGUAUAAUGAUGUAAAACUACCUCAUGGCCAACUGCGCUAUGAGAAUUAAGCUUUAUAAUACUAUGUAUAUUUCCCCUUGAAUCCAUCUAAUUUCCUACAUUAGAGUAAUUGCAUAUUCUUCAGCAUAGCUAUUCGUAAAAAUAUAAAUCUAUCAUUUCCCCCACUUUUUGAACUGUUACACAAAUUUAGAGCAAAGAUAAAGUAAGGUCACCUUAGUUGAAAAUGCUAUUUGAGUAGGAUAUAAUUAGCCAUACUGGUUUUGAGUUUUUUCUAAUUGCAUCAUGGCUUUUUAA